UGAAAUUACAAGGUUUUGUUUUGGAUUCUCUUUCUGGUGAGGACCAAAGAAGAUCCUCACUGGAUAUUUUGUGGCAAAAAGAUUCUUAAUUGCAGUGUUCCUUGAUCAUACAUGCUUUUCAAGCACUCACUUAGAGAGAAGAGGAAACGGAGAUUGAGAUGAUUACAUUUAUGGACUCAAACGAGAAACUGAAGGAGAUGGAGAAGUGCUUGAGUUCUCAGCUAUGGCAUGCCUGUGCUGGAGGAAUGGUUCAGAUGCCUUCAGUUAACACCAAAGUCCUUUACUUUCCUCAAGGCCAUUCUGAGCACGCUUGUGGCCCAGUUGAUUUCAGGAACUGCCCUCGAAUACCUGCCUCUAUACUCUGCAGAGUUGCUGCUGUUAAGUUCAUGGCAGAUCCUGAGACCGAUGAGGUUUUCGCAAAAAUUAGGCUGAUCCCGGUUGGUAAUAAUGAGCCUGAUUUUGAAGAUGAUGGAAUUGGAGGCAUUCUUGGGAAUGAAACACAGGAAAAGCUGGCUUCUUUUGCUAAGAUAUUGACUCGGUCAGAUGCAAACAAUGGUGGGGGUUUUUCAGUUCCGAGGUAUUGUGCUGAGAAGAUAUUUCCAAGAUUGGAUUACUCUGCUGAUCCCCCUGUCCAGACAAUUCUUGCUAAGGAUGUCCAUGGAGAGACCUGGAAAUUUAGACAUAUAUAUAGGGGGACGCCAAGGAGACAUCUUUUGACUACGGGAUGGAGCACUUUUGUGAACCAUAAGAAGCUUGUAGCUGGGGAUUCAAUUGUGUUUCUGAGGGCGGAGAAUGGGGAUCUUUGCGUCUGUAUUCGAAGGGCGAAGAGGGGGAUUGGAGGAGGGCAUGAGUCUUCAUCUGGGUGGAAUGCUGCUGGUGGAAAUUGUAUGGUGCCAUAUGGAGGGUUUUCGGCAUUUCUGAGGGAAGAUGGGAACAAGUUGAUGAGACUUAGCUCAAAUAGUAAUUUGAUGGGGAAGGGAAAGGUUAGGCCUGAACAAGUUAUUGAAGCUGCAACUCUCGCUGCCAAUGGGCAACAGUUUGAGGUUGUUUACUACCCCAGGGCGAGUACCCCCGAGUUCUGCGUGAAGGCCUCUUUAGUGAAGGCAGCACUACAGGUCCCGUGGUGCUUAGGAAUGAGAUUUAAAAUGGCCUUUGAAACAGAGGAUUCUUCACGGAUUAGCUGGUUUAUGGGCACCAUAUCUUCUGUUCGAGUGGCUGAUCCCCUCCGCUGGCCUGACUCACCUUGGAGGCUUCUUCAGGUUACAUGGGACGAGCCGGAUUUGCUUCACAAUGUACAAGGUGUCAGUCCAUGGCUGGUGGAAUUGGUUUCAAACAUGCCAGCAAUUCAUCUUUAUCCCCUUUCACCACCAAGGAAGAAGUUGAGACUGUCACAGCAUCCGGAUUUCCCCCUUGAUGGUCAACUUCCAUUGCCAAUAGUUUCAGGCAACCUCCUCAGGCUCAACAACCCUUUUUGGUGUCUACCCAAAACCACUCCUGCUGGCAUGCAGGGAGCCAGGCAUGCUCAAUAUGGUCUCUCCUUGUCGGAUCUCCACUUCAAUAAACUGCAAUCAGGUCUCUUUCAGGUUGGUUUCCCGCUGCUUAAUCAUGCAGCUACACCCAAUAAGACCUCCAAUGGUGGUGCAAUCGUUCAAAAGCCUAGCAUGAGCGAGAAUGUUUCUUGCAUGCUAACCAUGGCUCAUUCUACCCAAAAUUCAAAGAAAACUGAUGAUGCAAAGACAACCCAGCUUGUACUUUUUGGUCAGACAAUUCUUACCGAGCAGCAAAUCUCUCUCAGCUGUUCUGAUGAUGUAGUCUCUCCAGUUCUUACUGGAAAUAGUUCCUCAGGAGGGAAUAUGGAUAAGAAGGCAAAAUUUUCUGAUGGUUCUGGAUUUGCAAUUCACGAACAAGGUCUGCCCGGGCGCCCAUCUUGUGAAGUUUUCCCAUGGUAUAAGGAUAAUCGCCAAGAAACUGAACCCAACUCGGAGACUGGUCACGGUAAAGUUCUCAUGGAAUCGGAGGACGCAUGUCGUACUCUUGACCUUUCAUCAUUGAGGUCUUAUGAUUGAUUGGACAAAAAGCUGGCAAAAAUGUUUGGUAUAGAAAAUUCUGAGACUCUGAGCCAUUUACUCUAUCGGGAUGCUACAGGUGCAGUGAAAAAAAUUGGAGGUGAACCAUUCAGGUAAAACUCGUUUACUUUAUACUUUUAUCAUCUCAUUUUGUUACAAAUCUUUCAUAUAAGCAAAAUAUGCGAUGUGCGUUGGAUGACAUAAUGAUCAAUUUCAUGUUGCCGCCAUUGCAGUGACUUUAUGAAAACUGCAAAGAGACUAACAAUUAUAAUGGAUUCAAGCAGUGACAAUGUAGGAGAGUAUAGAGGAAGAAUCAAACCUUGAUUUCAAUUUGUACAGCUGGUUGCUCAAAUCCUUUAUUCUCAUGCUGACCUAUUCACCUUUUUUAAGUUGUAGGAGGAGGUGCUUCAGUUCAAGUUCUGGACUGCCAACCUUAAACAAUUUUCCCUUUUUCUGUUUUUUCCCCUUGUUUUCAAGGGAUGUUUGGAUUUUGAACCUUUUGAUUUCAAGGUUAUGGUUCAUUUAACAUUUUUGUUGGUAUAUUGUUCCCUUUAGGUUUCCUGGUUUCAUAGGCAGCCGGUUCCUACAAGUACCAAGUCAAUAUGUACGACAUGGUCUAUGUAU